AUGGUGCGACCGGUAGGGAUGAUAUCGAAGAUGGGUGCCAAAGGCACCCAUAGCUCUGGAGUCCCCCAAGUCCUCUUGCGAGAGUUCUCGGAAGGGGAUUUGAAGUUGUCUUCGGAAGGGAAUGCCGUCCUACCGUUCGAGGCUGACGUCGGGGAAGUCAGAAGGUCACGUCGAGUAGAUGGGUGA